GAGAGAGGUAAGCGAAGCACGACGAUGAUCAACGAAAUCUAAUCAGAUUCAAAAUCAAUCAUACUGCAAACAAGCUGAUUCAGUUUCUUCCAUUUCCUCCAUAGCUUCAGAGCACGCGCGAGAGAUAAAAAGAGAGAUAAAGAACGAAAAUGGUGAGGGAAGUUUCAGAGAGUUGCGUCGAUAGCUUGAUGACAGAAAUGGUUGCGUGCUAUUGCAAUCGAUUCUACGCCAACAAACCUGAACUCGCUGCUCGCAGGAUCGAAGCCAUCGGUUAUCAGGUCGGUCAACAGCUCUCUGAAAGAUAUACGAUGGAGCGGCCUCGGUUUGGUGAUCAUUUGGAAGCAAUCAAGUUUAUUUGCAAGGAUUUUUGGUCUGAGGUAUUUAAGAAGCAGAUUGACAACUUGAAAACUAACCAUAGGGGUACAUUUGUAUUGCAAGAUAAUAAGUUUCCGUGGCUUGCACGGAUGUCGGUUGAUCCAUCCGCUGAUAAUGUUAGUUCAGUUGAGGAUUAUUCUGCACCUACAGCUGAAAGUAAGGCAGCACAGGCUAUGAGCAUGCAUCUGUAUUUCCCGUGCGGGAUCAUUAGAGGAGCUCUUUCCAAUUUGGGAAUUCCAUGUGCAGUUUCUGCAGACAUAUCAAGCCUUCCAGCAUGUUCAUUUGUGGUCCGAAUAAAAGCUUGAUAAAUUUGUACUACUGCUGCAAGGGUAGCAUUAACAUUGUUCAGAACAAUCGCUUGAUGUCUGUGACUAUGCUCUUUACCCCAAAUUUGCUGGAGUGGGGGAAUGUUUCUUUAUAAUGUUUAAACUAUCAAGUACUAUUUAUUGACUUGGUUGUAUAGGAAGAGUUCUUGAGGAAGUGUUUUGAUAAACGAGGUCUUGGUUCUUAUGUAUGCAGAUUUGAUGGAGAUUAGGAUAGCAUUGUGCUUCAUUCACAUACUUUGGCACACGGUGGAAAGAGGGUGGGGAUUUCAGUCAUUGUAAUGUUAACCCACUUAUAUGGAAUGAAUGCUACCAUUAUAUUUGAAAACUUUUAUUUUCCUUACUAGAUCACAAAUUGGCUCGACCAGGUUUCUUUAUACUAAAAGGAUGGGUUUAAAUUUAUAAUAUAUUGGAAAAUGGAAAUAUUUCAUUA